AUGAAACUGAAUGAGCUUGUUUAUUGGUAUCAAAAGAAAAUUGGCACUUACGAUAAGCAACAAUGGGAAAAAACUGUGGAACAACAUAUUCUUGGAGGAUUUACACAUGUUCCAAUGAGAACUACAAAACUAAAAACAGAAUUUAUUGAUGUAGAUCUUGUAAGAGGUUCUUCUUUCCCAAAAGCCAAGCCAAAGCAUGGAUUAUCAACAGUAGCUUGCUUGGCACUGCAACGUCUAUUAUUUCUUCCCUUAUACAGAAAGUGGUGGAUACAGCAGACUAGUUUAAAAAUCUUUACUUUAUUUUUAUUAGUAUAUAGUUUGCAAUUGAUCAGUAUGUGUAUAUAUUUUUGUCAAAUGAUUAAGGACAAUGAAAGUGAUAUUGUGUCAACGUCUGAAGUAUUAAUACCUGCUAUUAUGAUGUUAACAUUAUGUAUUGUCCAUUCUCAUAUUGUGUCAACUCAUUCAGGACCAACAGUAGCUGAUGGACAGAGUAAGCAAAAAGUAGUUAGACGUUUACGACACACUAGAUGUCGAAUGGGUAAAACAAGGACAAGGCAAAACUUGCGUUUGCAUGAAGAUUCCAAGUCAUCUCAAGAUACAGCUUUUGAAAAAGCUGGUACAGUAAGCGGUGAAGUAUUAACAUCUGUAAGAUUUGCUAAAAAAGUUAUAGUUGAAAAUCCUUUGACUGUUAAUCGGUCACAGGAAUUUGAAACUGCUCAAACAUUGUGUGAUAAUGAGCCAAUAAAUGCAGCUGUGAACAAUCCUCUUCCCAUGAAUGAAGCUUCAACUAGUCAUACUCAAUCAAAUAAUGUUCCAGACCAAAAUAUAAAAAAUGUACAUCAAGAUGAUGAUGGAUUUGAAAGUUUGAAUGGAAAUGUAUCCAGUGAUAAUGACAAAAGUGCUACAAGGGUGACAGUAGAAAAACUUAAACAAAAGAGGGAUACAUUAUUAAAAAGUAACGAGGAACGUAUGCUUUGGUUGGAAGAUCCUACUAGUCAACAAACCUCACAACUUAAAUUUUCAGCACCUGAAUUGUUAAAGAUAGAAGACAAUUCUUUAAAUAAUGAAUUAGAAUCUUCUACUAAGAUGGAUAAAGAUCACUGUCCCAUGGGAACAGGAUCAAGGGAAGGUCCACAACAAUGCGAAAGUGAAGAAGAAGGGGAAUGUGAAGAAACAGUUACAAAUCAUUUAACAGAAGCUACAACAUCUGCUACAGAAUGGAUGGGAGUUACAACAAAUAGUGAUGACUGUAGCUAUAGUUCAGAACUUGAGGAGUCUGACUUACAUAGUGAAACUAACAAAAAUUAUGGAGAAUUUGUGGAGCAUCCUUUUUCUUGGGAAUUUGAAUUACCACCCUCCAUAAUGCUUAGUUCUAAUUGUGCUUCGUACGAUCGUGUUUCGUGUACUAUAUGGACACGUCGUGAUAUAAAAAAAGCUGAACUAUCGGUGCUGGACAUCAGUUCGGCUAUUAUUGCUAGAGUAGAAUCAAUGCCUGAGAGUAUGAAUUAUUUUUAUGGAGGCCUAAUGCUUAGCUUAAUAUUAUCUUUAAUACCAUCUAUUAAACGAUUAAAUGAUCAUGUUGGAAUGGACAAUAGUAGCAAUGCAACCAGUUCCUUAAUACCAAAUGACUUAACUUAUAUCAGUUUGGAGACAUAUAGCGACAUUUUAUCUAAACUUAUAGAUAUGGCAUUUGGAACUACUCUUUGGGAACGUAUGGUAGUGCUCAUAUCAGCAUUUGAAAGACUUAUAUUGUCUUCUUUAUUAUUUUUUCUAUUAGCAGUUGCAGAACGUACUUAUAAACAAAGACUCUUAUAUGCAAAAUUAUUUUCACACCUAACAUCGUCAAGACGUGCCAGAAAAUCUGACCUACCACAUUUUCGAUUAAAUAAAGUACGCAAUAUAAAAUUGUGGUUAAGCGUUAGAUCUUAUUUAAAGAGGAGAGGACCACAACGUUCUGUAGAUGUAAUAGUAUCAGCAGUAUUCAUUGUUACCUUAUUGUUGUUAUCAUUUGUGAGUUUGGAGUUAAUUAAGGACCUCGAAAGUUUGCAUUCUCGAUAUAAUGUUGAAGCGUUGUUUUGGAGUUUUUCUCUUGGAAUAUUUAUAUUACGUUUUAUGACAUUGGGUACAAAAAUUAAUAAAAAAUACAGAAAUCUUUCUGUUUUAAUAACUGAACAGAUUAACUUAUAUUUGCAAAUAGAACAAAAACCACAUAAGAAAGAAGAGCUUAUGGUAGCGAAUAAUGUACUGAAAUUAGCAGCAGAUUUAAUAAAGGAACUUGAAUGUCCAUUUAAAAUAUCUGGUUUAUCAGCUAAUCCCUAUUUAUACACAAUUACAAAAGUGGUACUAUUAUCUGCCCUUUCAGGAGUGCUUUCAGAAUUACUUGGAUUUAAACUCAAAUUGCAUAAGAUAAAAAUCAAAUAA